AUAUCUGAUAACAGAGCCUCCAGGGUCUAUCACAACUACAUCAUGGCUGCUGUCGUUCCGAAGUACUCUGUGAGGAGGGCAACCAGAGCUGAUGUAGCCGCCAUAAAGAAAUUAACAGACAUUGAGGAAUGGGAAAUUCCCACAGACUUCAUGUACUGUUCGUUUGACAUGGACUCUAGGGCCUGGUUUGUGGCGGAGUCCGACUCGGGAGAAAUACUAGCUUGUCGUUUCUUGGUGUAUUAUACGGAGGAGACAGUAGCUGGCGGCAUCUAUAUCGUCAGGAAAGACCUCAGAGGCAAAGGAAUCGGACGUGAUGUGAACGCGCAAUCCCUCAAGGCAGUGGGUGACGCCAACGUCACCAUAUCAGCCACCUUCGUUAAUCUGUACGAAACCCAUGGCUUCACUUUCUACUAUGACAUACACCUGAAACGAGGAUCAGCGGAAGUAAUACUGGGAGCAAUUCCGGAAGCGGAAGUGAGGCCGGAUAUCAGAAUACUUCCAUACGAAAGUGUCAUGUUCACUGAGCUGAAGGCAUACGACGAAGCUGUAUGUGAAACCGAGAGGUGUUACUACUUCAAAAACUGGAUCAUCCGCCAUGCAAAACAUAUUCUCAUUGCUCGCUCCAACACAGGACGUGUAUUAGGAUAUGGACGAUUGGCUGUGACAGAAUACGGCCAUGGGAUUGCGCCGUUGUAUGCUGAUAGUGACGUCAUAGCGAUGACACUGUUGAAAAGACUCUUACUACAGCCUAAAUGCUGGGGGCUCUGUGUAAAGAAGAAAUCCAAGAAGACCAAAGAAGAAAUCGAAAAGAAGUGGAAGAAUAUGAAAAGCAGCGGAAAGAAGCGUUUCUCAACUUUCCACAGGGCGACAACAACUACUGAUUUUGUGAAAAAAGUUUGUGAACCAGCACAGGUAUUUCACAUUCCAAGUCCAUCACCUGAGUCACCUCAGCUCUAUCAACAGGUCCUACCACAACCUCAGCUGCCUCAGCCACUUCAUGCUCUGAUGAGAGAAAGACUGCAGUUAGAGAUGGAAUGUCUUAAGUUAAAGAAGCGUUACCUCAAGCAGAAACUUAAAUAA